AGAAGUCUGCUGUACGUAUACUGCAGUAACUUUUUGAACAGCUGUUAUUCUGAGACAACAAAGGUUUUCCCGUGCCAUUACAGCAGCACAGCUCUUGUCAGUAGCAAUAAUGAAGGUGCUUUGGGGCAUCAUAAUUAAACACUGCAGUUCUGUAAGGCAUCCUUUUGAAAAGAAUCGGUUUGCAGGUACAUCAUAUCGUCUGUUUCAGCUAAGCAUGUCUUUAAAUUCAUCUAAGUUUUUAAAUGAAGAAAACUCUCAAGGACCAAAAAGAAAUAGAGAAUGUUUGGAAAGUCUAGAAUCGCAGACUCCAUCAUCAUUUCGAGAUAACCCACUUCAACAAUUACAGUUGGCAUCACAGGAAGUACUUGAAAACGCAAAAAAAAGUGGGAGAUCAAAAUGCCCACGAUGCAAUAGUUCAAGGAUGUUUUAUUGUUAUACAUGCUUUGUUCCUGUUGAAACUGUCCCUACCAAAGAAAUUCCGACUGUGAAGUUACCUUUGAAGAUUGACAUUAUUAAACACCCAAAUGAAACAGAUGGCAAAAGCACGGCUGUGCAUGCUAAGCUCCUGGCACCUGAUGAUGUUACAAUUUAUAAAUACCCUUGCAUUCCAGAAUACAAAGAAAAAAGACAUGAAAUAGCGCUUAUCUUUCCUGGCCCCAAUUCAGUUUCAGUAAAAGACAUUGCUUUCCAUCUCCAAAAAUACAGUAAGAAGGCUGUUUGUGACAAUGACGAUGACUGUUCCAGAGAGCCGUUUCUUAAGCAAGCAAAAAUAGAACCUAAAGAAGAAAAAAAUCUAAGUGAAUGUAUCGCAAGCAACAGGAAUGAAAGCACUGGACUGAAGAAAAUAAUAUUUAUUGACAGUACCUGGAAUCAAACUAACAAAAUAAUAACUGAUGAACGACUUCAAGGGUUGCUACAAAUUGAGUUGAAAACAAGGAAAACUUGCUUUUGGCGUCAUCAGAAAGGAAAGCCAGAUACAUAUCUUUCCACGAUAGAAGCAAUUUAUUACUUCUUUGUGGACUAUCACCAGGAGGUUUUGAAAGAGAACUACAAGGGACAAUAUGAUAAUCUGCUUUUUUUCUUUUCAUUUAUGUACUCAUUGAUUAAAAAUGCUAAGUGUUGUAAAGGAAAAGAAUAAAUUAAGAUGUCUCUGUCUAUAGGUAACAACAUUUCAUUUUGUUUCUUUUGUAAUGAACUGAACACAUGUAACUAUUUUUAUCUUAUUGAAAUGUGGAAAUAGAUUGUACUCUUAGAAAUAGGUAUAGUGCUGCUCCAAAAGCAAGCUAAAGACCUCAUGUCAUACACACAAGACUGUAGAACUACUUAGAUGAGCAGUCUGAUUAAAAUUACUUUAAACACUCAUGCUUUACUAAAUACUACUGUGUUUGAAGCUCAGACCUCAUCUGCUAAUCACAAUGAGAGUAUUUCAUGAGAUGGGGAUUGGAGUACUUGGCCCUCAUCCCAUAAGGAUUUCCCUAACCGUAAAAAAAAAAAGUAAUUAUCAUGCUAGUUUUUUAUUAUUAAUUUUGUUUUAGAUGCUUUGUGUGUUUUACCCAGUAAGUCUGAUUUCAGUUUUGUAACAUUAAAAACUUACUGAAAUGAUUAGGAUGAUACUUAAUUGGGGUUAGGGAACAGCAGAAAAAUGAAAGGCAACAUUAAGUGAAUGGAGUAUAAUUGAUGUACUUUGUGAUGAUGUACUUAACUCUGGAAAAUUGUUCUAGUAAUAGAAAAGAGCCAUCUCUUUAAACAUUAUUGUGCGUGUGUACACAAAUCACAGUGCAUGAUUGCUGUAUUGCCAUCCACAUACCAUUGUAUUAAGAGUACUCUCAACUUUCUGUAUAAUUUUAGGCUUCUUCAAACAGAAUUUAAGUUUUUAUUAAGUAAGAUUAUUAAAGACAUUAUUAUUUUGGGAAACACUAACCUCUGUCAUUAUGGCAUAUCAUAGUAAAAUUUUGUAGAAGCCACAUGCUUGCAUUCUAAGCAGCAGAAAGGGCUCAUUGCAUUGUUGGAGUUACCUGAAAACGUAGAUAUUUUUGCAGGACCUAAGCCAAAGUAAUUUACAGGGACAAGAAAUAUGAGAGACAGUGGUUCUGACCGCAACAUUUCUGACAGGACUUCCUUAAAUUAGGCAGACCGUGAAUCUGCAGUGUUAUUUCUUUUGCAGUAAUAGUGCAAAUCUGCACAGCAUAAAUAAAACUUCGAUUGUGCUGAU